AUGUCAAGUUCUCCACCGUCUCUAAGCGAAUAUUCAUUUAUCGAUCCAAGAAAGUGCUUAGUGUGCUAUCGUCCAGCAUAUUGCAAUAACUAUGGAGUACUGACUUGCGAUGCCUGUAAAAUGUUCUUCCGCCGCGUUGUCACUGAAAAGCUCGAGUAUACUUGUAAAUGUUCAAAUAACUGCUUUGAAGGUUUCUCCGAAGAUUCUACAAUUUACCCAAAGUGCAAGUCAUGCCGCUACCAGGAGUGUCUGAAAUUUGGAAUGAACUAUGCCUUUCGAAAACAGAAGCGGCUUUUGGAAAUCAGAAAUAAAAAGGAUGACGAGCUGGAUGCCAUUAUCGAUGGGCUACGGUAUUUGGAUAAUCAUAGGAGGGAAACAUUGAGAACCAAGUUUACUAUAAGUAAUCCAACACUGCAAGAAAUGGUCGAGAAGAAGGGACUGGAGACUUAUGUAAAGACCCCAAAAGAGCAACUCCGUCCUCAAGAUUGGUCAUUUUUUGCACUUUACACAACGGUAGAAUUUUUAUCCAACAUGCCAUUCAUGAGCAAACUUCAAACUGCAGAAAAAAUGUGCUUACUGCGAAAUUCCGCCUCAAAAUGCUCACUUUUCGCAGGCGCUAUGAGAAGUUUCAAUGAGAAAAAGGCUGAAAUGAUAACGGUGGAUGGCCAGGAUAUUUAUCCAAAUAGUAUACUAGAUUUUGUGGGCUCUUCUGGUGGAGCCAGAGAGUUUCUGGGCAGGAUUAAAAGCAUGGUGGUCGGAAAACUUGCAGAGCUGACGGUUCUUCGAGAAGAGUUUUUGCUGAUUUCUUCAAUUAUUUUUUGCAAUCCAGAUGUGUUCUACGAGCCGGAGAACUCAGCAGCCCAAUCAAAAGUAGCGUCCCAACAACAAGAGUUCACGGCAGCUUUGCUUCACUUCUGCAUGUGCAAAUACGGUCUGAAUGGACCGUCCCGGUUCACACAAUUGCUAUCUUUAUGUCCGAUUAUUCAGAGAAACUUUGACGAUUUGCAGUUUCUGACGAUGAUGUUUCGUAUGAAGAGGGCUGAUAUUAAGUUCAGGAAUAUUGUUGAAGAGUUAAUAUAAACGGGUUUUUUUAAAAAAUAUUUUAAACUUGUUGGAUUUUUUCAAUACGUUUAUUUAUGAACAUUACAUUUUUUUG